CGAGAUUCUACGAGACUUCGACACGUCAGUUUCAGUCGGUAAUAUCUAAUAAUCCGUAUAUUCGCUAGAGAAAAUGACGACCUUAGCAGAGCAAGCAUGCUACACACUGAUCAACAUCCCCUCAGAUGCAGAACCUCCAACAGAGUUACAGCUGCGUACAGACCUUGAAAAGGGAGACACUAAAGCUAAGACUGAGGCUUUAAAGAAGACCAUUCAGUUGCUAUUGAAUGGUGAAAAGAUGCCCUCUCUCCUCAUGACCAUUAUCCGGUUUGUAAUGCCAUCUCAAGACCAUAUGAUCAAGAAAUUGCUGCUCAUCUUCUGGGAGAUAGUGCCAAAGUACACGCCCGAUGGGAAGAUGUUGCACGAGAUGAUCCUGGUCUGUGAUGCAUACAGAAGGGACCUUCAGCACCCAAAUGAGUUCAUCCAGGGCUCGACUCUACGUUUCCUGUGUAAGCUGAAAGAGCCAGAAUUGUUGGAGCCUCUGAUGCCCUCCAUCCGUCAGUGCCUCAAACACCGGCACUCAUAUGUGCGCCGUAACGCAGUCCUGGCCAUCUAUACCAUCUUCAGGAAUUUUGACUUCCUGAUCUCGGAUGCCCCUGAGCUGAUAGCGGAGUACCUGGAGGGUGAACAGGAUAUGUCUUGUAAGAGGAAUGCCUUCAUGAUGCUCAUACACGCUGACCAGGAGCGAGCACUGAACUACCUGAGUAGCUGUAUUGACCAGGUGACCUCAUUUGGAGACAUCCUUCAACUAGUCAUUGUGGAACUCAUCUACAAGGUGUGUCAUGCCAAUCCGUCCGAGCGUGCAAGGUUUAUCCGCUGUAUCUACAACCUCCUCAACUCUUCCAGCCCAGCUGUGCGCUAUGAGGCAGCUGGUACCCUUGUUACCCUCUCCAGCGCACCUACCGCCAUCAAGGCUGCUGCGAGCUGCUACAUUGAGCUUGUGGUAAAGGAAAGUGACAACAAUGUCAAACUUAUCGUCCUUGACCGACUAGUGGCACUGAAAGAAGUGCAGGCACAUGAGAAAACCCUCCAGGACCUGGUGAUGGACAUUCUGCGAGUGUUGAGUGCCCCUGACCUUGAGGUGCGCAAGAAGACCCUCAAUCUGGCCCUUGACCUUGUCACUUCAAGAUCCGUGGAGGAGAUGGUGUUGGUGUUGAAGAAGGAGGUGGUGAAGACGAACAAUGUGGAGCACGAGGACACGGGCAAGUACCGCCAGCUCCUUGUGCGCACGCUCCAUCAACUCUCCAUUAAGUUCCCCGACAUCGCAACAAACAUCAUACCUGUGCUGAUCGAGUUCCUGGGAGACACUAAUGAGGCGGCAGCAGCGGACGUUCUCAUAUUUAUACGCGAGGCCAUACACAGGUUCGAGGCCCUGAGGGGCGUCAUUACAGCCAGGCUCCUUGAUGUCUUUUCCACCAUUAAAGCCAUGAAGAUACAGCGAGCGGCCCUGUGGAUUCUAGGGGAGUACUGCGUGACGUCAGAGGACAUUCAGAGUGUCAUGACCCUGGUACGGCAGUCACUGGGGGAGAUCCCCAUUGUUGAUGAUGAGCUGAAGAAGGCUGCAGGAGAUGUCAAGGAGGAUGACAUGAUGUCAGGUGGCAACAUCCAGCGACUGGUUACAGCAGAUGGAACAUACGCCACUCAGAGUGCGUUCAGCACUGUGUCUUCAACAAAAAAGGAGGAAAAUCCACCACUGCGACAAUACCUGAUGGAUGGGGAUUUCUUCGUAGGUGCGGCCCUUGCCACCUCCCUUACAAAGCUGGCUCUGAAAUAUGUCCGCCUGACAAAUGACGUCAAGAAGCAAAAUGCUUUCCUUGCUGAAUCAAUGUUCAUAAUGGCCACUGUUCUGCACUUGGGGAAAUCUGGAAUCCCAACCAAGCCAAUCACAGAUGAUGAUGUGGAUCGUAUAGCGACAUGCCUGCGUGUGUUGUCCGAGCAGAGCCCACUGAUGACGGAGAUCUUCAAUGCGGCAUCACGUAACUCUGUCUCCCUCAUGCUGGCUGCCAAGAUGGCCGAGGAGAAGGAGGCGCAACAGGCCAUGGAGAAGACUGUGGUGAAGGUGCAGGCUGAUGAUCCUAUUUCUUUUGCCCAGCUUAUCAACAAGAAUGAGAUGGGAGCCACAGAGAACAUGUUUGAGCUGACUCUAUCCCAGGCCCUUGGAAUGACGAACAAGAAAGAGAAAGAUCCUCUUGGUUCAACCAAACUGAACAAGGUGACCCAGCUGACUGGUUUCUCUGACCCGGUAUACGCAGAGGCGUAUGUGAACGUGAACCAGUUUGACAUUGUCCUUGAUGUGCUUGUGGUGAAUCAGACAUCAGACACGCUGCAGAACCUUACUGUUGAGCUGGCUACCCUAGGUGACCUAAAGUUGGUUGAGAAACCUAUGCCACUGACGAUGGCCCCGCAUGACUUCUGUAACAUCAAGGCCAAUGUCAAGGUCGCCUCAACCGAGAAUGGAAUUAUCUUUGGAAAUAUUGUGUAUGAUGUGACUGGUGCAGCUAGUGACAGGAAUGUAGUCGUCUUAAAUGACAUCCAUAUCGACAUCAUGGAUUACAUCGUGCCAGCAACCUGCAACGACUCCGAGUUCCGGCAGAUGUGGGCGGAGUUUGAAUGGGAGAACAAGGUGGCAGUGAACACAAACAUUCACGACCUGAAGGAGUUCCUUGCCCACGUCAUCAAGUGCACCAACAUGAGAUGCCUUACUCCAGAGAAGGCUCUACAAGGCGACUGUGGCUUCAUGGCAGCCAACCUGUAUGCAAAGUCCAUCUUUGGUGAGGAUGUUCUGGCCAAUCUGAGCAUUGAGAAGCCAGCACAUCUGUCCAAUGAAGCUCCGGUACAGGGACACAUCCGCAUUCGGGCCAAGAGCCAGGGGAUGGCGUUAAGUAUGGGAGACAAGAUCAAUCUGUCCCAGAAGGCAAACAAAGUGGUCAACAUGGAGUAGGGGCACACAGUUAUUUACUUCAGUGAGAAUUCUUUAAGUGAUAGAUAUGGAGGAGUACACACACACUCUUGUAAACUUGUAUGUGACCUCUCUGAGGGGAUAAAUCAUCAAUCACAUUUCAACUGUAUGGUUCUACUUUUUCAGCCAAUUGUAUACAAGUGGUUAAUUGAUUGGUUUGGGCAUCUCUGAAAAAAAUCAUUGUAAAAACUUUAAUGAUACAUUAUGCAUCAGUUUGAAAAACUUUCUGUUAUGUACAUUGGAACUCUUAAUGUUUUUUCAUCGUUAAAGUUCAAUUUAUUAUGCCCCCUUUUGAAAAAAGUGGGGUAUAUUGUUUUGCACAUGUCGGUCGGUCGGUCGGUCGGUCUGUCUGUCUGUCGGUCGGUCGGAAUACCAAAUGGUUUCCGAUCAAUAACUUGAGAACGCUUUGACCGAGGGACCUCAUACUUGGUAUGUGUAUUGGUCAUCACCAGCAGAUGAACCCUAUAGAUAUUGAGGUCAGUGGGUCAAAGGUCAAGGUCAGUGUGACCUUUACAUGAAAAACGGUUUCCGAUCAAUAACUUGAGAACGCUUUGACCCAGGAACCUCAUACUUGGUAGGUGUAUUGGUCAUGACCAGCAGAUGAACCCUAUUGAUUUUGAGGUCAGUGGGUCAAAGGUCAAGGUCAGUGUGACCUUAACAUGAAAAACGGUUUCCGAUCAAUAACUUGAGAACGCUUUGACCCAGGGACCUCAUACUAGGUAGGCUUAUUGGUCAUGACCAGCAGAUGAACCCUAUUGAUUUUGAGGUCAGUGGGUCAAAGGUCAAGGUCAGUGUGACUGUUAGCUGAAAAAAGGUUUUCUGAUUGUCCAUAUUUUAUUUAAGUGUCCAAAUCCUACUAACAAUUUGGCUCCCAAGGGGGCAUAAAUGUUUCACUAACAUCUCUUGUUAUUCUUUGGGUCAGGAUGAUAGAUAAUUCAUUUGGAAUAAAAAAGAAACGAGUAUACCAUGCACUCAUUUUUUCCUUUAAUAGUCAUUUUAAACAUAUAAUAUGAUGUCAAAAUAGUUGUGGUGUUGAUGUUUUAUGAGCUAAUAAUAUGAAUAUGUACUGUUUAACUUUAUAAAAUAAAUUAUUGAUUUAUAAAUAUAUUAUACUUUCAGUUUGUCUAGUGUUGACACAAUGUGAGGUUUUGGUGGAAUAAAACUUAAGAAAUACA